GCUUGCUUGAAGUUGUAAUUGAAAAUACGCAUUUUCCCUUGGGCGACUUCCUUCCUUCAAUCCUAAAAGCUGGGACUUGUAGCAAGCUAGAUAUCGAUCAAGAAGGGCCUCUCAGAUUAUAGUUUGCAGCUAUGGCGGCAGCUGAUGCAGACCCUCUGUCUGACAGCAGCGAUGAAGAGGUGGAGGAGGUGGACAUGGAAGCUUUGAAGAAGUUGGAGGAUCAAUUGGCCGCGAAUCCUGCCGACUACAACACUCAUGUCCAGUACAUCGCAGCCCUGCGCAAGUCUGGCGAUCUGCAGAAAGUCCGAUCGGCUAGGGAGAGCAUGAAUGCACUCUACCCGCUGACGCCUGACAUGUGGCGGGAAUGGACGCAAGAUGAGGCGAGGCUGGUGCAGGGAGAAGAAGACGUUGAGCGCAUCCAGCAGCUCUACGAGCGGGCCGUACAGGAUUACCUGUCCAUUCCCCUAUGGGUUGAGUACCUAGAGUUCGUGGAGGAGCACGACGCCGACGUUGCCAGCUGCGUUCCUGAGGGGAUGGCCUGCUUCCGCACGCUCUGCGAAAACGCGCUGGCCGCUGCGGGCUUGCAUUACUCCAAGGGCAGCAGGGUGUGGACAGCAUAUCGUGACUUUGAAGACGCCGUCCUGCCAACCCUGGAAGACGCCAGCGAAGAGGACAAGGCGAAGCAGGUGGAGCGUGUGAAGAAGCUGUUUUGGCGCCAGCUGCGAACGCCGCUCGCGGACCACGCGGACACGCUGGAAGCGUACGAGGAGUGGGCGUCCGAAACGGGCGAGCCGAAAGCACUCCCGCCGGACGUCCAAUCGGAGCUCAAGAAAGCGGUCAAGGUGGUGGACUCACGACUGCCGUAUGAAGAGAGUGUCACCGACAAGCCCACCGACGCCGCCCUCCUGAGCAGCUACCUCGCCUACAUCUCCUUUGAAGAGUCCGCACGCGAGCCGUCCCGAGUCCAGAUUCUUUACGAACGCGCCAUCGCCGACUUCCCCGUCACGCACGACCUUUGGCUCCGCUACGGCCAGUUCGUCGAAACCCAGCUGAAGGCCCACCAGCAGGCCGUCCGAAUCUACGCGCGCGCCAUCCGAAACUGCCCGUGGGUGUCCGCACUCUGGGUGCGUUACCUCCUCGCUCUCGAGCGGUCGGGGGCGUCGGAGGAGACCCACCGGGCGGUCUUCGAGUCGGCGCUGAGCGCCGGGCUGCAGGCCUCGGCCGAGGACUACCAGGAGCUUUUUCUUACCCGCGCAGCAGGGCUGAGGAGGAGGCUCGCAGCGGCCGGUGCGAACGCGCCCGCCGGCGACAGGGAUACGCUCCGGGGCGUGUUCACACAGGCGGCAGAGUUGCUGAAAGAGUUCUUCCCCGACUGGGUCGACCGCUCGUUCCGGCUGGAGAGAUACUGGGCGGGCGUUGAAUUGAAUGUGAACGGGGACGUGAAAGCGGCGGAGGGCGUGUGGGAGGGAGUGCUCAAAACGCGGGGCCAUAUGGUGGAGCCGUGGGCAGCUUUCGUCGAGAUGGAGAAGGGAUUAAAAAACUUCGAGGAGUGCCGGAAGCUGUUCCGGCGGGUGUACGGGCGGGGGCUGGAGGGGAACGGAACGGAAGCGAUGUGCCUGGCAUGGCUGCAAUUUGAGGAGGAGGUGGGCACUCUAGACGACUUCGACAAGGCGUCCGCCAAGGUCGGCCCCCGACUGGUUGAGCUCCGCACACUUCAGCAGCAGCGCGACGCGAAGGCGGCCGCCGCUGCCCCGCAGCCCAGCCCGCGCCCAACCGAGCCCGCCCGGGGUAAGCCGAAGCCCCCGGGAAAAGCACCUGCGGCGGCGCCCCCCCCAAAAAGGAAACGGGGUUUAGGGUUCAAAGAUGCUCAAGAAGACGGGGGGAGGCCCAAGAAGCAAAGAGAGGAGCCGGCACCGCCCGCGCAGGCCGGAGUCCCGGAGGAGAGCGGGCAGGCGGGGCCGGCGGCUGGGGCUGACGUCAGCAUGACGGAUGCUGACGCCGGUCACGGAGAUGCGGCGGCGGGGACGAGCGGGGCCGGGGAGCAGCCGGAGGAACGGGGGCAGGAGGCGGGGGGGAAGAAGCGGCCGGUGUAUUCGGAUCAGAGGACGGCGUUCCUCAAGAACCUGCCGUGGGAGGCGGAGGAAAAGGACGUCGCCGACUUCUUCUCACAGUUCGGGCCGGUGAAGGAGGUCCGGUUGCCCACGGACAAGCGUACUGGCCGGAAGAAGGGCGUUGGUUAUGUCGAGUUUGAGACGGACGAGGGGCUUGAGAGGGCCAUCGAGCAUAACGAGGUGGAGUUCAGUGGGCGGAAGCUGAGUGUCGAAAAGUCGGACCCCUCAUCGUACCCAGGCCCGCAACAACCACGGGGACGAGGGAGGGGGCCACCCGGUAGAGGGGGCCAAGGAAGAGGCCCACCGAGGGGGGGGCAAGGCGGGUGGGAGAACCCGCCCCGUUCAGUUGUCAGCCACCGACGAGGGGGCCAUCUGCAGCUAGUGGGCGAUCCAACAACAUUUGUGCCGAGGAACAUCAAAGGGCGAGCAGGGCAAGCAGCGGCGAGGGACGAGACCCCAAAAACUAACGAGCAGUUUAGGAACUUGUUCAGAAAGUGAAGAGGCGAUCUUUCGCAAGCCACGUGUUAUCCCGGCGGGUAUGCUAAGUUGUCUUCUCCCG